CUGCUCGUCAGCAACAGUAAUAUGUCAACCACACGGAUUUUUUGUGUUUCUCCGUUUUAUUAAUGUUUCGUUAAGUCAAUUCCUCAAAAUUUCAAAGUAUAGUGGGAGAUCAACGCUGAGCUCGCGCGCGCCUUAUCUCACACGCGAUCAACGCUAAAUUUAGUGUCAGAGACGGAAUUUGGCCAGUUGCCGAAAAUAGACCAGUUAUCAAACGGAGAUCGAGAUUUAUCCCCUCCUGCCCUCUCAUAAUUAGCGAUACCAGGCCAAGCGAACGAUUCAUCAGGCUACCACCUGCCGCGACUUCUCCACGCGGUCACGGAGAUGCAGCCGUUUUCAGAUUAAAACAACGGCGCUUCCUUUGAGUACAUCUUUUGUCGAAAUCAAUCGAAGCGAUGAAGAACACGUGAAAAUUAACGCAUUUGCGCGGGAAGCUGUGUGGUAGGUCCACUACAUGAAUGCCAAGGAUGGGUCCUCUUCAAAUCUGGAAAGCUCAAGCGAAGACAAGAAAGACAAAAAAGAAAACAUCGAGAAUGAAGAUGAAAAUCCCGGAGAGGAAGUGGUGACAAAGACGGAUGCGACAGAUUGUGAUAUCAAAUGCCUCAAAGAGGAACCAGACUGUCUGGAAAACAAAUGUGAGUCGUCUUUAGAACUGCCUUUAGAACCAACCCUUCACGAACGAUUUUUGCGUAUUAAGCAAACCGUGAAGGACGCUAUAGCUGCCCAUCAUACUUUUAUGAUUUACGGCAAGUCACGGGUCAUUCGCGAUUGCAUGUUGAAGCGAGGAUGGUGUGAGAAAUUUUAUCGCAGGAACAGCGGCGGUGAUCAACAUUUCAACGUCGAUUCUAACCCAGUGCUUCUACUGGCUGGUAUCGGCGAUUUAAAAGAUCAGCAAAGUGAACGUUUAUUGAUGUCGAGGAUGCUCGCCAAUCACACCGUUGACUUCCUGUGGAAUACUGGGUCCGACUGGCCCGGAUGGCCUGCCCAAGAUAAUAAAACUACUGUGUUCAAUCGAUAUUGUCGAGCUGGCUUCACAUCUAAGGUGGGCUUGUGUUCAAGCGUCAGGCAAAUGCAUUGGUAUUACGAAGCUGGAGUGGCUAACACUUUGUUUCCACGUUGCUACAACAUAUGUCAAAGCGACCAGAUGCACGCUUUCGUCGAGGACUUUCGACUCACAGGCUGUCUAAGUCUCUUAAAAUGGUUGGUGGACAAAGUCAAUGCCGAGGACGAAGACGUUGUGCGUUCACCAACCGGCACCGUGCCUCUCAAAGCUCUUGACUUCGCGAUCAAAAGAUGUAGUGACUAUAUCAGCGCCCAAUCACACGAGGAUAUUGAUCAGGAAGGUGAAAAGGUUUGGUCUCAUCAGUGGGAUCAAUUUAUCAAUUGGUAUUAUCAGAUAGUUCGCGAUCAAGCUCUCUUCGUUCGCACCAACGUGCCCUUCAACAAAUAUAUCCUGGCUUCGAAGCACGUAUUAAAGAAGAUGAGGAAGUACUGGCCGCAGAUUGACAUGGACGGCGUAAUGAACAUGUGGAUUCUAAAACCUGGGAACAAAAGUCGGGGACGCGGUAUUGUUCUGAUGAACAAGCUGGAGGACGUAGUAGCGAAAGUAAAUCCAACAGGCAAACCGGACACGCGAUAUGUCGUGCAGAAAUAUAUCGAACGGCCGUUACUGAUUCACCACACAAAAUUCGACAUAAGGCAAUGGUUCAUCGUGACGUGUGCUCAACCUUUAACUCUCUGGAUGUAUAAAGAAAGCUAUCUUCGUUUUUGCUCGCAAAAAUUCAGUCUGGAUGACUUUCACGAGUCGAUUCACCUGUGCAAUCACGCAAUUCAAUGCAAAUACAAUAACUGCGGCGACAGAGAUUCUGCUCUACCCGCGGACAAUAUGUGGGACGCAACGACAUUCAAAGAGUUCCUCAGUUCUCAGGGUCAUGCUGACGCGUGGGAUGAACAGAUCUAUCCAGGAAUAAAGCAAGGUUUGGUGGGCUCGUUAUUGGCUAGUCAAGAGGCCAUGGAUCGACGGAAAAACAGUUUUGAAUUAUACGGCGCUGAUUUUAUGAUCAUGGAGGACUUUUCCGUAUGGCUGAUCGAGAUCAACAGUCAUCCGGACAUGAGCUACUCUACCAGUGUUACUACGCGAUUGUGUCGACAAGUGAUGGAAGAUACCAUUAAAGUCGUAGUAGAUUUUCGAGAAGAUAAAAAUGCGGAUACUGGAGACUUUGAGUUAGCAUAUAAGCAAAGAACGCCGAGUUGCCAACCGUACUUAGGUGCAGCUCUGUCGCUUCAAGGUACUCGUAUCACCACCUGCGAGAAGAAAUCGAGUCUGUAUCAAGAUUCCAAAUCUAACUUAGUCGCAAGAUCUCCGAUGACGAAAAAGAAAUCAGUGGUACAAAGCAACAUUGGGCCAGUGAUCGUCGAUCUUAUCGAAGAACUGGAGAUUCAGCUCGAUCAAGAAUUGUAUUCUUAUUACAACACCGAUUUGCUUAAGUCGAGACCAGCACUUCCAGCGACUGCACCGACGAAGCCUUUAAAAGCGAUUUCUGAUGAGAAAGCGGAAACUAUGACAAAGAGUACUUCAGCAGGUACAACAUCUAUCAACAAAACAAAAUCACCAAUUCCAUCCAAAACUAACGUCCAGAACCACGCUAAAUCUUCGAAUAAUGGAAAAAGAUCUUCACAUAAACCGGCACGAAAGUUACGCAUGUCCAUCAACACUGCAGGCAGCAAACUGGAUACAUCCCCGAGACAAACGUUGAUCUCGAAGAUCAUGGCUCUUCAAGAGGAAUCAUCAAACGAGGCGCCUAAAUCCGAGAAAUCGUUGAGAAAAAAUGAGGACAAGAUCAUCAAAACAGCGAUACGAGAUGCCGUGAAGAAGUACAAAAGAAACGUAACUAUUCGGCCAGAAGUACCACCACUGCCUUCUCUACUUACACCGCCAAUUAUGAAAGUCACACCCGUGUCGACGACGAAGAGCAAGAGUCGCAGCUUCCCUAAAAAACAAACGCACUAUAAAAAAAAUAAAAUGUUAACAGACAUCUCCGAUAUGUAUGCUGUCGGUUUGAACGGUUUACAGCAGUUAGAAAAAUUACUCCGGACACCUGCAGAUUUUAUAUGGUAUACGAAUAAGAGACCUGCUAUAAGAACGGACGACAAGACUAUCGUGAAUAAAUUUGCUGGUAGCUAUUUUACAUCCAAGGUUGAUAUGUGUAACAACUUGGAAAAAGCCUAUUGGUUUUACGAAACUGGUGUGUCAAAUAUACAAUUUCCUCGAUGCUAUAAUUUCUAUCAAUCAGCGCAAAUGGAGGAAUUUAUACAAGAUUAUUAUAUCACUGCAUGUUUCGGGAUUUUAAAAUGGUUUACGUUACUCGCCAACUUGGUAGGCCCGAAAAAUACCUGGUCCCCAAAUGGAACAAUCCCUAUAAAUGCGAUUUCGUUCGCCUUGGAACGCUGUGAAGAAUAUAUAAGCAUUCAAAUACACGAGGACAUAGACCGUACAGAUUGUGAGUAUACACCUCCUGCCUGGGAUCAAUUUUUAGAUUGGCAUCAUGAUAUAAUAUACAAACGCGUUGUAUUGAAAGAAACCGACGAAGUUAACAUAAAUGAGUUUGUAGUAUCUGUGCACGAUGUAAUGAAAGCAAUGAUAAAAUAUCGACCGCAAAGUAUCAUCGACGGUAUAAGAAAUAUAUGGAUUUUAAAACCAGGUGACGACAGUUUAGGUCGCGGAAUUGUUCUAAAAAGUUCUUUGGUUGAUAUCAUUGCCAAGGUGAAUCAAGCAGCGAAAGAAAAUAUCGAGUAUGUCGUGCAGAAAUACAUAGAGCGACCACUGCUUGUUCAUAAAACAAAAAUAGACAUCAGGCAAUGGUUUCUAAUAACGAGUACACAACCUCUUGUCGUAUGGAUGUUCAAGGAUAUCUUGAUACGAUUCGCUUCAAAAGAUUUCACUCUCAGUGAUUUUCACGAGUCUAUUCACCUGUGCAACACGACGGUACAGUUGAAGUAUCGACAGUUACCGAGAUGCAAUUCUGACUUACCUGAGCAACGUCAUUGGAAUCUUCAAGAUUUCAAGGAUUAUCUCCAAUCACGCGGUCAAAAAUUGGCUUGGGAAAAGAUUAUUAGGCCGGGAAUAAAACAAAAUCUGAUAGGAGCACUUCUGGCAUCUCAGGAUAAUAUGGUAAAUCGUAAAAACAGCUUUCAAUUGUAUGGCGCUGAUUUCGUCGUGGCCGACGAUUUUUCGGUGUGGCUGUUAGAAAUAAAUACAAAUCCACGAUUGCAUCCUCCAAGCAGCGAAGUUACCGCGAAACUCUAUCCGGAAGUCAUUGAAGACGCAAUGAAAAUAAUCUUGGAUCGGCGUAAAAACAAAAAAACAUCCCAAGGAAAAUUCGAAUGUAUUUACAAGCAACGUAAUCCAUUUUACGGCGUGAAUAUUUUGGGACAAGGCGCGAGUCUUGGCAUUCGUGGCAAGGGUUUAUUCGUGACGCCGAAAUCAUCAACGUAAUAUAUAACUGUAAUAAGUAAUUGUAUAAAAUAACAAUUCUGAAAUUCAUCUAUCAGAAAGUCUAUAUUGCAAAGAACUGUCGCAAUCUCUAUCAUAAUCGGUUAGAUAUAACGCAAGCAAUUUCGUAUAUUAGCAUAUAAACAAAAUGUCAUAAAUCACUUGUAUAAAAAAACAAUUUUCUUU